AUGCUGCCUCUCCUGCUCAUCUGUCUCUUACCUGCCACCAAUGGGAAGAACUGUCUCCGCUGCUGGCCAGAAAUAUCUGCCUUGGUAGACUAUGACCUGCAGAUUCUCUGGGGCACCCCAGGGCCCCCUGUAGAAGUCUCCCAAAGCAUCCACUCCCUAUUCCUGGAGGAUAACGCUUUGUUCAAACUCUCAUGUCUUGAUCGUGACCACGUGGACCAAGAAAUAGCCAAAUUCUUCACUCAAGUACACAGAGCCAUUAAAAAGUUACAGAAUGAUAAACCAGUACUUCUAGAGGAGAUUCAGAUACGCAAGAUGUUCUUUAUCGAGAAGCUGAACAAAAUAUCCCAGGGGCUGAAGGAGAAGGACAUACACUUCACACUGGAGGUCACCAACUGUGCCAACUGCAAGACUCGCCCCCUCUCCUGCUGGGACCCCACUCUCUGCCUAGUCAGGACCCAGAGGCCCUACACAUGGGCUGUGACCCACUGCAGUGUUCUGCUCCUGGCCCUGGCUGGAGGAGGAUGUUACUUUUUCUGA